AUGGACAGCUGGCACAAAGAUUACAGCAGGACAGUAAGAAGGCAAGUACCACUCCUCUUACUAUUGUCUUUGAUUAACAAGACUGGCUCUGAGCAGGUUCAAUAUUCAAUCCCUGAGGAAAUGGAAAAGGGUUCCAUUGUGGGGAAUCUUGCCAAAGAUUUGGGACUGAAUGCUGGAGAAAUAGCAAAUCGCAAUCUGCAUAUCCUUUCCCUAGAUAAAAAGCAAUAUUUUUCUAUCUCUGCAAAAAAUGGAAAUCUACAUAUAAAUAACAGGAUUGAUAGAGAGGAAAUAUGUGGGGGGAAUGCACUCUGCCAUAUCAGUUUUGAAGUUAUGAUUGAAAACCCUAUGAAUAUCUUCCAUGUAAAUGUGCAGAUUCAGGACAUUAAUGAUAAUGCACCACAUUUCUUAAAUGGAGAUAUUAAAAUAGAGGCAAGCGAAUCAUCUAUACCAGGUGCCACAUUUCUCCUUGGGAAAGCUGAAGAUCCUGAUAUUGGGGUAAACUCUCUCCAGAAUUACCAGCUCAGCCAAAAUCAGUAUUUUGUUCUGGAAGUUAGAGAGGGAGAAGAUGGGAAUAAAUAUGCAGAACUCAUGCUGAAUAAACAGUUGGAUCGGGAAAGUGAAAAUAGUAUCCAUUUAACCCUUCUGGCUGUGGAUGGAGGGAAGCCUGCCAAAACAGGGACAGCCAAAAUUUUAAUAAAUGUGAUUGAUGCCAAUGACAACCCACCCGUGUUUGCUCAAAAAGUCUACAAGGUCAUGUUGAAAGAAAAUACCCCCAAAGGGUCUUCAGUGAUACAAGUCAAAGCCACUGACAAAGAUGAAGGUUCCUAUGGCCAGAUCAGCUAUAGAUUUAGCAGUAUUGAUAACCGUGCUCGCCAGAAAUUCCACUUAGAUCCACAGGAAGGGACAAUCACAGUUAUGGAGACUCUGGACUUUGAGGAAACAGAGAAAUAUUCCGUAGCGGUAGAAGCGAAAGAUGGGGGUGGGUUAGUGGCUCAUUGCAACAUUGAAAUAAAGAUAUUAGAUGAGAAUGACAACGCUCCGGAAAUCAUUCUUGUCUCGUCAUCCAGCCCAAUACCUGAAGAUUCUGCAUCUGGGACUCUGGUAGCUCUUAUCAAUGUAAAGGACAGAGAUUCUGGAGAAAAUGGAAAAAUCAUUUGCCAUUUACAAAGUAAUGUGCCAUUUCAAAUAGUCUCAACAUCCAAUAGCUACUAUAAAUUGCUUACAAAUGGCAUGCUGGACAGAGAAAAUACUGCCGAGUACAAUAUCACAAUCACAGCCACAGACAAAGGGACUCCUCCUCUUUCUACGCUCAAGACCAUUUCAGUGCAGAUCUCAGAUAUCAACGAUAACCCUCCGGCCUUUGAAAGAUCUUCCUACACUGCCUAUGUGCCAGAAAACAACCCAUCUGGGGCCUCCAUUUUCAGGGUCAAAGCCACAGACACUGACCUGGAUCGCAAUGCGCAAAUCAUUUAUUCCGUCCAAAAGAGCAACAUUGAAGACCUGCCUCUCUCCUCUUACGUCUCCAUUAAUUCUGAGACUGGCACGAUCUACGCACAGCGCUCCUUUGACUAUGAGCAAUUCAGGGAGUUCCAGCUUCAGGUGAAGGCCCAAGAUGGAGGCUCUCCUCCUCUCAGCAGCAACGUCACAGUGAAAGUGUUUAUUCUGGACCAAAAUGACAACAGCCCUCAGAUCCUCUACCCUUCCAAAGGUGUGGAAGGCUCAUCCUUGUUUGAGAUGAUUCCUCGCUCGGCCGAUGCAGAUUAUCUGGUGACCAAGGUGGUGGCCGUGGAUGCUGACUCUGGACACAAUGCCUGGCUCUCCUACCACCUGCUUCAGGCCACUGAGCCAGGGCUCUUCUCAAUUGGACACCAUACUGGUGAGAUCAGGACAUCACGAACUUUCUUGGAACGAGAUGCUGUGAAGCAGAGGGUGGUCAUCUUGGUGAAGGAUAACGGACACCCAGCGCUAUCCGCCACCGUGACUGUGAACCCGGUGUUUGCCGAGAACUUUCAGGAGGCCCUUCCAGAAAUGAAAAGCCAACCCAGCAGCCCUGACUACCAGUCUGAUCUGCAGUUCUACCUGGUGCUGGCCUUGGCUUUGAUUUCGUUCUUGUUCCUCUUGACGGUGAUUCUGGCCAUUCUGAUGAAGCUUCGACGAUCAGGGAAUCCCAAGUUCCUGCAAUGCUUUGGUCCUGUCCCCCAUUCUAACAAUGGUGUCAUCUUCCCACCUAACUAUGAAGAGGGGACGUUGCCCUAUUCUUAUCAGCUUUGUUUAUCAUCUGAAUCCCGGAUACAGGAAUAUGCGUUUCCAGCACCCAACAUUCAAAUUGCAGAGAACGUUUCUUUUAACAAUAAACCUGAAAUGGGUUUGACAGCCAGUGAAGGAAAUAUCCUUAAUUCUGAGUCGGAUAAAUCUAAUAUGGUGAGUUUUCUUUUAAGUAGUACUUAG